AUUGCGACGGCCAUGAACAUAUCUCUCUAGGCAAGCACAAUCUGUGAAUAUGGGAGAAGAAACAACCGAUACGAAGAGAGAAUUUCCUAUUUUCAGAGACAUAAGGCGUUAUACUUGCGAGUACUGUGGUAUCGUUCGUUCAAAGAAGACUAUAAUCAACGCUCACAUUCAAUCUCAUCAUCAGGAUGAAAUAGAGGAGAAAGAAGGCGAUAGGGAAGAGGAUACAGAAGGGGGAAAGUUGAAUGUUUGCGAGGAAUGCGGUGUUUCUUUUCGAAAACCUGCACACUUGAGGCAGCAUAUGCAAAGCCAUUUGCUCGAGAGGCCUUUUACUUGUCCAAUAGACGACUGCAAUUCCAGUUACCGUAGGAAAGAUCACUUAACUCGCCAUCUUCUUCAACACGAUGGUAAACUUUUUAAUUGUCCUAUUGAAAACUGCAAAAGCAAGUUUUCAAUUCAAGGUAACAUGACUAGACACGUGAGAGAAAUCCAUGACGACUUGGGGUCUACUGCUGAUGACAUGAACGAACAGAAGCAGUAUGCUUGUUUGGAACCGGGAUGUGGGAAAGUUUUUAAGUAUGCAUCAAAGUUACAAAAACACGAAGAAUCUCAUGUUAGGUUAGAAACAGUGGAAGCAUUCUGUGCUGAACCGGGCUGUAUGAAAUAUUUCGCCAACGAGCAAUGUCUAAAGACUCACCUCCAGUUUUGCCAUCAGCACAUCAGCUGUGAGAUAUGUGGGAGCAAACAACUGAAGAAGAAUAUUAAGCGUCACCUUCGCACUCACGACAAAGUGGUUUCAAAAGAGAGGAUUAAAUGCAGUUUCAAUGGUUGCAACCUAACAUUCUCAACGAUUUCAAAUCUCCGACAGCAUGUGAAAGCUGCCCAUUUUCAACAGAAGGAAUUUGUGUGCAGCAUUUCCGGGUGUGGAAUGAGGUUUUCGUUCAAGCAUGUGAGAGAUAAGCACGAGAAAUCCGGCCGCCAUGUUUACACACUGGGAGAUUUUGUGGAAGCUGAUGAGCAAUUUCGAUCAAGGCCAAGGGGUGGUAGGAAAAGGAAAUUACCAACUGCAAUUGAAAGCCUUAUGAGGAAGAGAGUUGUUGCGCCUGCUGAAUCUAUACAAGACAUCUCUUGGUCGGUAGAUUAACGGCUCAGAUUUUGAUUGGUAACUGUAGAUCUUGUAAUUAUUAAGUAUGAAUUGUCGUAGCAUAUGUUGUCAUUUUUGUUUAUAUAGAAAAAUGUUACUUCAAUGUCUAUUGAUUUCACGUAGAAUAAAAAGGACAAUAUAUAA